AUGGAAGGUAGUUAUGGAAGAGGACAUGGUCGUGGUCGUGGUCGAAGAGGAGAUGGCGGUGGCGGUCAGGGCGGCGGCGGUCGUGGUAGUGGUGGAAGAGGUGCUGGCUAUGGCAGUACAGACGGAGGUGGUGGUAGUCAUGGCGGAAUUGGCAGAGGUGCUACUCAUGGCAGAAGAGACGGAGGUGCUACUCAUGGCGGAAGAGGCGGGUUUGGUCGUCGUGGUUGUGGUAAUCAGCAUUACCAGCAGCAUCAGCAACCGCGGCCACAGUUCCAGCACCACCACCCUCAGCAACCGCGCCCACAGUUUCAGCAGCGCCAGCAGUGGCCGCAACAACCGCCGCAGUUCCAGCAGCAUCAGCAGCAGUGGCCGCAGCAACCGCCGCAUUACCAGCAGCCGCAGUUUCAGCAGCAGCGGGCGAGUGGUGGUAGUAUGGGGUCUGGUAGGAGGUAUUCUGGCGAGGGUUCUUCUUCUUCUUCUAACAAGCAACUAGCGUGUGUUGGUGAUGGUUUUGCUGCUAAAUUGCGACAAUGUGCUAAGUCUGUUCCUGAUCUUGAUGUUGAUUCUGGUAUAUCUCUUUAA